UCUCCAAGCUCAUGACCAUGCAAUUAUGGCACGCCGCGCACACCACAGUUCUGGCAUAGAAAUUGCACUAAAAUUAUUGGCACCUUACAAUAAUACAAGUGAAAUACACCUUAGACAUGUGCAUGAAGAAGCUAUUAUGAUGGGUAAAGAAUAUAGAAAUUUUGUCUAUUCUUUGCCACUAGAUAAUAAUAUAAAAGAUCUUUUGGCUUCUGACUUAGAAAUAAACUGGAUUUGUGACGAGUGGAGGCAAUGUUUUAUCGAUGGUGGACGGGCACUACAUGCAUAUGAUCUGGCCAAUACCAAACCAAUGACUACAAACAACCUUACUGAGUGUAUGCAUAAAACGGUAGAAACACGACGUAGUGGAACACAAACGGUCAUUUCAUUUAUUGAACAUUUGUAUAGUAUUAAAAUUCUUCGAGAUUCAUUAGUUCAAAAUGAACUUGGUGAAACCUCAUUUAAUGCGGGUUUGAUAACAUAUUGGAAUAUGCGUACAAUCGAACAUAAACAAUUUCCACACAAAAAACCAAUUGAUUUAAAACAUCGAAUCAACCAAGGGCAUCUCUAUGUACUUCUUGGUCUAGUUAUGCCAGUAAUUGGACAUGAAAAUUACAUGUUUGUUAAAAAACA